GCGAGAUAGGCGGCUGGUGGUAGGAGCGCGGCGCGUCAGUGACGCGGCGUCGUUGCGCGUCGCUCUCUCGGCGACUCUUCCGCGAGCCGUCUCUGCCGAGCCGUGUACCGCCGGGGCCGCCGUACCGCAAAGUAGUUGUCAAAAUGGCGGCGUGCGAGGGCUCCGUGAGCGUGAAUCCGAAUUGCGAGGUGGUGCGCGGGCAAACGUUCGAGGUCGGGCCGCGCUACACGAAUCUGUCAUACAUGGGCGAGGGCGCCUACGGCAUGGUCGUGUCCGCCUACGACAACCUCACCAAAACGAAAGUAGCUAUUAAAAAAAUUUCCCCGUUCGAGCAUCAAACGUAUAGCCAGAGGACCUUAAGGGAAAUAAAAAUCCUCACGAGGUUUAAGCACGAGAACAUAAUAGAUAUAAGGGAUAUAUUAAGAGCGUCGACUAUGGAGCAAAUGAAAGACGUGUAUAUCGUUCAAUGUCUGAUGGAAACUGAUCUCUAUAAAUUAUUGAGGACACAAGCUAUUAGUAACGAUCACAUAUGUUAUUUUCUGUACCAAAUAUUGCGGGGGCUGAAGUAUAUACACUCGGCGAACGUGUUACAUAGAGACCUGAAGCCGAGUAAUCUGCUGUUGAAUACCACCUGUGACCUUAAGAUCUGCGAUUUCGGUCUGGCGAGAGUCGCGGACCCAGAGCACAAUCACGCGGGCUUCCUCACGGAAUACGUGGCCACUAGGUGGUACAGAGCUCCGGAGAUCAUGCUUAAUUCUAAGGGCUAUACCAAAUCCAUAGACAUUUGGUCAGUGGGCUGCAUUCUGGCAGAGAUGCUCUCGAGACGAGCGAUAUUUCCCGGCAAGCAUUACCUCGACCAGUUGAAUCACAUUCUCGGUGUUCUCGGAUCGCCCUCGCCGGAGGACCUCGAGUGCAUCAUAAACGAGAAAGCACGGAAUUAUCUUCAGUCGUUACCGUAUAAGCCAAAGGUACCGUGGACAAGUCUCUUUCCCAAUGCCGAUCCGAGAGCUUUGGAUCUCCUAGACAAAAUGUUAACGUUCAAUCCGAAUAAACGCAUUGUGGUGGAAGAUGCGUUGGCACAUCCUUACCUGGAGCAAUAUUACGACCCUGCCGACGAGCCCGUGGCAGAGGAGCCGUUUAGAUUUGACAUGGAGUUGGAUGAUCUUCCGAAAGAAGUAUUAAAACAAUAUAUUUUCGAAGAGACUCUAUUGUUCCAGCAAAAUCAUCAAGAUAACGCUAUGUAGUCGACUGGUAAUCGUUAAACUCGUCUUGCGCCGUAUCGCCGGUAUCUCCUGAUCCGCUGACAAUCGAAUGCUACUUUCCUUUCUUUUCGUCAGGCAUGCCGUUGCCAGAAUCGCAAUAGCGGAUACGCGCGAUGAAUUGAAGAAAAAAGAAAGAGAAUAGGAACGGAACCGAAAGCAAGCAAUAGCGGGAUUGGUAUGAAGGGAGCUGUGCUUUUAUCAAUCAUCGCCACUCUUCAUCGCCGCUCGAAUUACCGACGAUACAAAGAUACUAGGAUAUCGAUGAGAGAUUCAGUCGAUCAACGAACGAUUAACUGUGCCGAUUAGUCGGACGAGUGAAACAGUGUCCGCGCAUACGCUUGUAUGUACAUUCGCAUGUCAUGUCCUUACUUGGAGAAAGAAAAUAUAGUAUUUCUUAUGUUAUAUCGAACAUAGCAUAAUAUCCAAUUGGAUACAACAUAUGUAUCUCGAAUUUAUCAUCGUCGUACCAUAUCGUACCAUACUGUCUGUCUGUGAUUUAAUUGCGAGCGUGACGAGGCGUAACGCGCGACGUACUUUGUCUUCAUUUCGUCGUCCUGUCUCCUGAAUUGUUUCUUUCACCUCCCGAAAACGAAAUGGUUGAAAUUACAACGCGUAAUUGUACAGCGGAACUAGGGCAAUAUACACUCAGCUUAUCGCGCCUCGGUGGUUCCCGAUGUCGGAAAUGAUCGUGGACACCGGGAAUACCGAGGUACGCUAAACGUUCACUCUACGAGAUUCGAACACUUGUAGCGUAUUCGUGUAAUUCAUUUCGUAUCGUAUCGUAUGAUAUUUUCCGGCUCGUGUGUGUAUACGUAUGACUGUGUGCGUACCUACGUACGUGUGUGGCAGAAUUUCUCGUUUUGGUAUUUAAUCCGUUCCCACGACAGCGAAUGCGCGACGUGCAAGCGCUCUAAUCGGCGCGAUCCACGAGAAUAAUAGUGUUAAUAAUUUAUGUUAAGAAAAAGAGAAUCGUGAUCUUCUUUUUGAGCGUGUGAUAGUAACGAUCGUGCCCGAGUCAUGAGAGUCAAGGUGACAAUUUGAAUAAUAUGUAGACGAAGGUCCCAAGUUAGUAUUUCGGAGAUUUUACAAAUGUUAUACAUCGUACGGAACCUCAUUGCUCUUAGAGCUCCUUCCGAAAUCGAUAUCGCAAUCCAAAAUCUAUCUACGAUAAAGUCAAUUUGAAUCGCUAGAAAUCGAAUUCGCUAAUAUCGAUAUAGCUCCAUUCGGCCUUACUGUGAAUAUAUUUAGAGACAACUUUCUCAAUCCUGUCCCCACAAGCAAACUAGGUUGUGAGAGACGAGGCGAAAAUUUAAAGGGAAAAAAUAGACGGUGAAAGAAAAAAAAAGACACUAAAACAGGGACAAAGUAAUUACUUCCUCUAAUUAACUGUUACCGACCUUCACGUUCUUCGAUACAUCUAAUAAAUUAAUAAUUAAAGAAAAA